CGCUUCGGUUCAUUCUGCUGCUAAAAACCCUAGAUUUUUCCGCCCCUAAUUUUAAAACCCUAAAUCGAAGAAACUCCCAAUUUUCUUCGCUCUGCUGUCUAAAGAUUCGAGUGUAGAUCUCCUUUGGUGUUUUGGUCUCUGUCGUGCUGGGGCCUUUGCUAGAAUCGUCGCGAUCUUUUAAGAGGAAUUUCAGCUUUGUGGGCCUUGUCCUAUGAAAACAGUAUUUGCUGAUCACCAGCUGUUGUUUUGUGAUUUCGCAAACUACUACUGAUCAGCUUAGGUUUUUCCUUCUACUUCUUCGAAAUGGAUCGUUGUGAUACAUCUGGAUUCGUUAGCGGGGGUUGUGAGGACUCUUUCAAGAUCUCCUAACAUUAACUUGCUCUACUGACCAAAAAAACAUUAACUUACUCUUACUAACAUUCAAUCCCUGAAGUCAGGCUAACUUUUCACUUUUUCUCCACAAGAUUUGGUUGAAAUAAGAGAGUAUUUCGAUUACUACAUGGAAAAGGGCUUUGGGUGCUUCCGAUUCUCUUCCAAUCUUCAUUCAAAUGCUUUUGGUGGUUGCAGUGGAGCUUCUAUUGGAGCUGAAUCUGGCUCAACAGACAUUAGCCUGCGGCUGGAUUCUCCUGGAACUACCACUUUGUAUAAGUCCAAUUCAGUAGGGUCUAAGAGGAAGUGGGAUGAUAUUUACGGGGCUGAUGGUCCAGGAGACGCCUUUCUAUCUCUGGGUUUAGGGCGACCGUCAAGUUCCUCUGAGAACAGCAAGGGCAGCUCUGGAACUGUUUGCACUAUGUCUUCGGUUAAGGAAAUAACUGACGAGGAAUCCUCCGUGGAUUUAGGCUUGAAUUUUCAGCUUCACCUUGGCAAUGAGAAUACAUCUGGUCCUAGAAAGCAUCCUGCUGUUACCCCCGAGACACUGAAGACCGGUCCUGUCUGUAACCUCCAGUUAAGUCUGUCAACAGUGCCAUCUGAAUCUGUUAUCACGGACAUUUCUCCCAUCUCUGCACAGCAUCAGAAUAGUCAGAAAACAUCACUGGUAGCCAGUCCAGUGACAAUCACAGAUGAAGCAAUCUCAACGCCGUUUGAUUGGAAAUUAGGAGGGUCUAUGGCGCCAUCCUUGAACAACAUGGGUGCAAGCAGUGGCUAUACUCUUAAGCAGAACUCUCCUGCGAAAGCUGAUCCAGUUCCAGCUACUCCAGACCUCCCAUCAAGUAUGACAGAAGCACUGCAAAGUUCAGUAGCCUGCGCUUCCGGGACAACUCAUUCACAGCCACGCAACACCAGCACCAAGAUUUGCCAAUUCCAGGGAUGUGUAAAAGGGGCUAGAGGUGCCUCCGGGCUAUGCAUAGCUCAUGGCGGGGGCAGAAGAUGCCAAAAGGAUGGUUGUCAAUGUAGCCAUGAGGGUUGCAUACGAGCUGCCAGGGGGAAAUCCGGAUUAUGCAUUAGACAUGGAGGAGGAAAGCGAUGCCAAAUGGAGAACUGCACAAAAAGUGCAGAAGGGUAUUCUGGUCUUUGCAUCUCUCAUGGAGGUGGUCGUCGCUGCCGGUUCCCACAGUGCACUAAAGGUGCACAGGGGAGUACAAUGUAUUGUAAAGCUCACGGUGGAGGAAAGAGAUGCAUGGCUAUAGGAUGCACGAAGGGAGCUGAAGGCAGCACUCCAUUCUGUAAAGGGCACGGUGGAGGCAAACGAUGUUUAUUUCAAGGCGGUGGUGUGUGCCCUAAGAGUGUGCAUGGCGGGACUCAGUUCUGUGUUGCUCAUGGUGGUGGAAAGAGGUGUGCUGUGCCCGAGUGCACUAAAAGUGCAAGAGGACGAACUGAUUUCUGUGUUAAGCACGGUGGAGGAAAACGAUGCAAGGCUGAAGGUUGUGGGAAGAGUGCACAGGGGAGUACUGAUUUCUGCAAGGCACACGGUGGAGGGAAAAGGUGUUCUUGGGGCCACGGUGGUUUGAUUGACUUUGGGGCUGGUGGCCCUCCUUGUGAUCGAUUUGCUAGGGGAAAGACUGGCUUAUGUGCGGCGCACAGUGCUCUCGUCCAAGACCGUUGUGUCCAUGGUGGAGGCACUCUGGGAGCUGCUGCGGUCCCCCGAAUUCCGGUGACUGUUAAACCCGGGAAGCUUAAAGAAGUUUCUGUUCCACAAAUGGCUUGGAAUUUUCCUGAUCAGCAGAAGUUUAUGCAUCCUCCUACGGUAUCCCUGCACCCGAAACCGGUCUCUCUUCCAGAAGGGAGAGUGCAUGGAGGAAAUCUGAUGGCAUUUCUAUCUAGCAAUGGAGCCGUUGGGGGCCAAUCUGUCAACUUUACAGAGGCUGGCACUUCAAAGCAGGGUGGAAUGCAUCAGUGGAUGUAGAAACAAAGGAUGUUUCUUGUAGAGUCUCUGCUCUCUUGCUUGUGGCUUUGAAUUGGUAUUGUGUUUUUGUCUGUCAGUUUGCCCUGAAGUGAGGAAAUUAAUUUUUCUCAUUCAUUGUUUGCAUUGGUUAAAACACCAGAUGUGGUCUGAAGAUAACCCCCGUAUGAAAUAAAAAGAAUAAGAGGGGGGAAUAUAGGCGAGUUUUAAGAGUCCAAGUUUGCUAGUUUAGGGGUGGUAGGUUGUCUGCCGUGAAGUUGACCGUAAACCUUCUCGCUGUGAAUAAUUGAUCUUAGCUUUAUAAAGCUGCUUGUAAAAGAGUCCUGUGUUGAUAUUUGAAGAAUUUCAAUGUAUUGUGCUCUGUUAUCUUCAUCA